AUGGCCGACAACAUCCUCAUUCUAGGUGCCACUCGGGGACUAGGUGCCUCUCUGCGGACACUGUACUCUGCAAAGCCAGGAACCCAUGUGUUUGCAACCUCGCGAUCUUCCAACCCCGAGCCAAGCUCAGGUGUCACCUGGCUGACCGGAAUUGAUAUCUCCCAGCCAGAUGUGGGGCAAAAGCUUGUUUCGCAGCUUCCAUCUACAAAGCUCUCGACAGUCAUCAUUAGCGCUGGAUACUUUGGCUUUGAAACAUUCGAUUCUCCAGACUGGGAGAAGGAGGUUCAGAUGUAUACGACUUCUGCCAUUGGUCCCGUCUUUGUGGUACACAAUCUCGUCAAAGCUGGGCUGUUGGACCAGGGCAGUAAAGUUAUUCUCGUCAGCAGCGAGAGCGGCAGCAUCACAUUGCGCCAUGAAAAGGAAGGAGGGGGUAACUUUGGCCACCAUGCCAGUAAGGCUGCUUUGAAUAUGGUCGGCAAGCUCCUAAGUUUGGAUUUGAAGCCAAAGGGGAUUGCAGUUGGUCUGGUACAUCCUGGAUUUAUGCGAACGGAGAUGACGAAGAGCGUUGGAUUCGAUAAGUACUGGGAUGCAGGUGGAGCCGUGACACCAGAUCAAGCAGCGAAAACGCUUGCAUCUUUCAUCGAAGAUUUCGAUCUUAGCAAGACCGGUGAAUACUGGGCGCCAGCAGGACCAGGAGAUAUCGGCACCGCAGAAGUUGUUCUUGGGAAGAACCUGCCGACUCCUUUGCAGCUUCCGUGGUAG